GCUCAGUUCCAAAGCACAAGACAAACACCAAGACACCCCUUUGAUUUGUUUCUGAUUACAAGAGCGAGAAGUUGCCUUUUCAUUCAAUUUAGCAAACAUGAAGCAAAAAAUAGUUAUCAAGCUGCAAAUGGACUGUGACAAAUGCAGAAACAAAGCCCUGAGAAUUUCGGCACAGGUACCAGGUGUGACUACGGUGGCCCUGGACGGCGACGACAAUGACCGCGUGGCGGUGAGCGGCCUAAACGUGGACAUGGUUUGCUUGGUGAACCAGCUGAAGAAGAAGUUCUCCUCGGUGGUGAUUGUGACGGUGGAGGAUCUGAAAAAGGCGGAGGAAGAGAAGAAAAAGAAGGAGGAGGAGAAGAAGAAGAAAGAGGAGGAGGAGGAGAAGAAGAGAAAGGAAAAGGAAGAGAAGCUGAAGAAGAUGUUGCAUGCUGCUCUGUGCAAAAAGUGCCACAGUUCCAGUUGUCACGGUAAGUGUGACGUUGAUAUCAUGUUCUGCCUUAACUGCAAAAGCAGCUGCUGCAAUGGCGAUUGUUGCGUCGUUUGUGUUAACUGUGAGAACCCCAAGUGCGAUGGGGACUGUGACUUAUGCUUCAACUGCCACACCUCAAACUGCAAUGGUUGUUGUUCUGAUCAGAGUCCUCCAUCAUGCCCUAAAGGGUGCACCUGUCACAAAUGCUAUGUGCCCUAUCAACCUUAUUCCUAUCCCCCAUAUUGCCCUCCCCCUUAUUGCCCUCCCCAAGUAGUAUAUUAUGAUUCUUGCCCUGAUCCUUGCUCCAUCAUGUGAUCCACCACAGAACAUUUCUUCCUUCUGCACAAAAUUACAGACAGACAUCUUGAUGCUUAGCAUCACGCAACCACAUGGUUCAACUAGGAUAUUUGUAUUUAGUACGAGGUUUGUCAUGUUUGUGAUGUCGACUUUGUAUUUGUUUGGUUAAUUUGUUCAUGUUUGUCUUGGAUUCGUGUUAAAUUUCCAAGUUGAUUUCUUGAUGAA